CUCCCGCCUCGCCCCGGGCAUUCCAGCCCUUUUCUGGCCGCCGCCGCGGCUGGAGCCGGAUGGGGAAGUUGCCGGGGAAGUUGGGGGUCGGCGGGAAGAGGCUCGCCCGGACGCGGCCCCGAUCCGGCUCCCAGCGGCAACGUCACGGCCUGGGAUGGCUUCCGCCGGGCGUCCUCGGCGCGGGCAAGGCAGCCGGCCCAGCGGCGGCGCCUCCUUCCGGAAGGCCGGGCUCAGGUCCCCUGCGACGCGGCGCCGCUCGGACUUGGCCGGGGGAGCGGCGGGAAGGCCCGCCGAGGGGCCGCCGGAGGUCGGCUGGGGACCGGGAGGAGUUGCGGGCGGGGGAGGCUCUGCGAUCGGAGCCCCCGCCCGCCUGGCCGAGGGACCCAGAGCUGGCCGCGCCCAACCCGGGCGCGCUGCAGUCGGGAAGCGCUUGAGCCGCCAGGGGCUGGCGAGACGCCCGAAGAGCCGAGCCGCGGGCAGCGAGACGGAUCGCGGGCGGCCCCGGCCGAAAGGAGCGGGGGACGGCGGGCCGGAGUGGCCUGAAGCUCGCGCUGCCCGGUCGGGCUGCCUGGAGGCGGAGCGGCGCGCUCGGCCGGCGCUGAAGAGCUCGCGGGCGGCCGCGUCCUUGGCCCGGUUGCUUCGACGACGCUUCCCCGCGAGAAGCGGCUCCGGGUCCCGUCCUCCAGAAAUCCGGAGCUUUCCGGCCAAACUUCAAGAAGCUGCAGGCCACCAGCGCAUGGCUUCCAUCCCUGGACCUUUCUUUCCCCCCAAGGGAUUCCCUGGAGGGAGGGGCCUCCUGAGGGCCAGGCUGUCAUUUAACCUUUUGUCGCGUCUUCAUUUUUGUUCCUAGCCCAGCAGGAACCGCCAGUUCUGCAGCCUCAUGAAUAGAACCGAGCAUUUGAUCUGAAAUUGUUUUUCAAUAGCUGUAUCUUCUUCUCUGUUAUUGCUUUACAUGGCAUAUGUUUGUACAAUAUU